CCCUUCGUCUCUCUCUCUACCUGUGUGUAUCUAAGCCAGAUUCUCUGUUUCUCUUCUCCAUUAAUGGCGAUCUCUGGCAUUUGAUUCUCUUUCUAACGGCAGAAUACAGCUACUUCUUAGUUACUUCUUUUUUUGGAGGAUUUUCAUUUCCGGAAAUAGAGAAGACACAGAAGCUCCAGCUGUCCGUUGUAGCCCUAUUUUUUUUUAUAGGUUUUCGUAAUCAUAGGAAUCACUCAGAUCCGAAAAUCUCUCUGUAUUUUCUCCCUCUGUCGGGAGAAUUUGAAUCUCUCUCUCCUCGGCUGCUGUUCAUCUCUUUCGACUGUGAUUUCGUGUUUUCGGAAAAGUUUUUAGUCCCAGAGAAACCCAAGAGGUCAUUGUAACGAAGCUUUCGGUUCUUCCUUACAUAUUUUGUUGUCAUUCCAAAGUCAUUUGCUUCGAUCUGAAAUUUUCCAGUUUCAUUCCGUCUACUUAGUUUUUGGUUAUGCCCUCUUGAUUUUCUUUAUAAGGGAUUUUAGGAUCUGGGGAUAUAUAAUUUCCAGAAUUGAUUUCUGCAGUCUUUAGAUUUCUGGUAGGGUCUUCAGCUUUAUUUUCAGGGAAUUUUUUUAUUGGGUUUCUAUUUGGGCGUGGUCUUCGAAUUGAAUCCAUAUUGUCCGUAACUGGUUUCGUUUAAUGUAUAUAGAAGCUUAAUUCGACUGAUUUGUGUUGCAUUGAGGAUUCGAAAAGUUCGAAUCUUGGUAUCGUCUUGGGGUGGUGUCCUGUGUUCUUGAUGCUGGUGGGGAAUUUCAUUUACAGAGAAGCUAGGUUUUGCGUUAAAGAAGAGGCAUACAGAGGGCAUUUGAAUCAUACAGUUUCCUGGUUGGGAUCAGGGAACUGAGGAAAAUUAUGGGCUGCAUUUGCUCGAAAGGAAUACAAGCAAAUGGGUAUGUAGAGAACAACCAUGUUAAGGAUGAAGACUUGCCUAAAAACUCGAAGAAACAAUCUGUUUCUACGAGGAAUGCCAUUGUGGAAUCCGAGGAAGAAGGUCUCAAUGGCAAUGAAGCCACCUUGAGGCUGAUACCCAACGAUAGUAAAAAUGCUUGCUUGACGCCAGUAUCGUCUGACGAAGCGGAGAAGAAGGAUGGUUUUGAGAGAAAAUCUUCUAAAUCUGUGUUCCAGAGACGGCCUGCCAUGGAUAUUGGGAGUGGGGAUAAUGUAGGAGUGUUGCAACCUAGGAUGACUAGAAUAGCAAGCAUCUCCAAUGGAGAAAGAGGGGCUCAAGUUAUUGCGGGUUGGCCCUCGUGGUUGGCUGCUGUUGCUGGGGAAGCCAUCAAUGGAUGGAUUCCACGCAAAGCAGAUUCAUUUGAGAAGUUGGAGAAGAUUGGUCAAGGGACGUACAGCAGUGUAUACAAAGCCCGUGACCUUGAAUCAAACCAGAUAGUUGCAUUGAAAAAAGUUCGGUUUGCUAAUAUGGAUCCUGAAAGUGUUCGGUUCAUGGCAAGAGAAAUAAUCAUCCUACGCAGGCUUGACCAUCCAAAUGUCAUGAAGCUCGAAGGUGUGAUCACUUCAAGGGUAUCUGGAAGUCUGUACCUUGUAUUUGAAUAUAUGGAUCAUGACCUCUCAGGACUUGCUUCAUCCCCGGGGAUUAAAUUCUCUGAGGCACAGAUAAAAUGCUAUAUGAAGCAAUUGCUUCAUGGGCUAGAACACUGCCAUAGCCAUGGUGUUUUGCAUCGUGACAUCAAAGGCUCGAAUCUUCUACUUGACCGUAACAACAAUCUCAAGAUUGGUGAUUUUGGUCUGGCUAAUUUUUUCCGGGGCCACCAAAAGCAGCCUCUCACAAGUCGUGUUGUGACUUUGUGGUACCGCCCACCUGAACUUCUGCUGGGGGCUACAGACUAUGGAGUUACAGUUGACCUGUGGAGCACUGGUUGCAUACUUGCAGAACUGUUUACUGGGAAGCCUAUUAUGCCCGGAAGAACUGAGGUGGAACAGUUGCACAAGAUCUUCAAACUCUGUGGAUCACCUUCCGAGGAAUAUUGGAAAAGAUCGAAGUUGCCACAUGCAACCAUCUUUAAACCUCAACAGCGUUAUCAGAAAUGUGUAGCUGAGACAUUCAAGGAUCUUCUUCCCUCUUCAGCUUUGGCCCUCUUGGAGGUCCUUCUAGCUGUAGAACCAAAUGCCCGUGGAACUGCUUCCUCUGCCCUUCAAAGCGAGUUCUUCACGAUGAAGCCUUUUCCAAGUGAUCCAUCAAGCUUACCGAGGUACCAACCAAGAAAGGAAUAUGAUGCUAAGUUCCGAGAUGAAGAAGCAAGAAGGAAAAAAGGUGCGUCCGGUAAAGGGCAGAACGAAUCGAAACGGGCAGCAUCUAGAGAAUCUAAAGCUGUACCAGCUCCAGAUGCCAAUGCCGAGUUACUGGCAUCAAUACAGAAACGGCAAGUACAGAAUAAUGUGACGAGUGUCAGUGAAAAUUUCAACUGUGAGGAAGAUGCUGGGGCUGGUUUUCGGAUCCAACAUCCGAAUGGAACAGCCUUAGGGUCUUCGGUUAAUAUGAAUGGAAAUGGAGAUGGGUUUCUCGGCAGUUCAAGCCAUUCGAAAGAACUGAGAAUGCAGAGGUCUUUUGUCCAACGAGGGGCUGCCCAGUUGUCAAGAUUCUCAAACCCGGUAGCCACUCGGGGGGAUGGGUCACGUUUCGGAAGCGUUAGAGACUCAACAGUGAAUCCAAACUAUGGACGGCACCAGCAGCAUGUGGACGGUGAUCAAUCCUCUGAGAAUGGUGAUUGGUCCCAACGUUUACUGGACAAGCCCAAAGCUCCCGUGAAAGAUGAAUACUCCUGUGGAACGAAUCAGGGUUUUGACGGGAAGAACGGGCGGAUGCACUACUCGGGACCGUUGAUUCCUGCAGGAGGAAACUUAGAUGAAAUGCUGAAAGAACACGAGAGACAGAUCAGGUUGGCUGUUCGUAGGGCUCGGGUGGACAAGACGAAGAAGAGGGACGACGAGAACGGGCAAAGCCAAUCGUUGCUCCUCGCGGCGGCGGCUAACGGCCGGUGAUAUGUAGAGAUCUGAUUCUCCUUGAUUUGCUAAUAUAUAAUGAUGGCUCUUCACCAUGCUUUCUAGUCCAUUUUAGACUUUUGUAUGGUCCUGAAGGGAAGAAAAUAGGGUUUUGUAUUUUGUACAGUUGAUUGAUCUGGCACUUUAUGUAAAGAGAGGAAGAGAGAUCAUUCAUUGUCUGAAAUAUAUCCAUUCUUUUAAUUUAGAAUCUCAUUUCAUAA